GAAACCCAUAAGAUAGAGUUGUAAGAAGAACUGAAUGAAUCUAAAGCGAACAUUAUAAAACAUAGCUAUGCCUAAGAAAGCAAAAACGUCAAAACGUACUAAAGAAAUUUCACCCAGUUUUCCUCUUAAGUAUGAUUUAAAAGCAGCUACAGAGGGUAUAUCUUCUGCUUUAAAUCUUACAUCUAACUCUUCUGCAUUACGUCGGCAGCAACAUCGGGAAAGGUUGAACGAUCUUAUAGAAAGUGUGCUGACAAUGGAAUCAGAUAAUUUUAUCCACCAAAAUUCGAGUGAAUUGCAAUUAGACAAUUUUCCUAUACUGCAAGUGGGUUUUGUUGCCCGUGCUUUGGGGCUAAACCUUACCGAUAAGCAGAUAGAGCAUAUCAUUGAGCUUAUUCAAGAUAGUAAUUUUUCGACUGAGUAUGUUAGUCGAAAACUUCUAGAGGAAGUAAUUCUGGAGGCCUUGGCGACGGGUAUACUUGGUGGACCAGUUCUGGUAGAGAAGGGAAUUGUGAAGGAACUUAAGCACCCACCAACUUGCUGCAUUCGAGAAGAUGAGGAAAGAAUUUUCCAAGCCUUUUGUACUCUGGAUUCACAAAAGAAAGGGUAUCUUGAAGACAGGGAAUUGAGAGCGCUCUUAGAGUCAAAGGGAGAGAUAAUGUCUACUAAAGAGAUUGAUACCAUGCUUACUGCCCUGGUGGAUAAGGAAGGUGGGUUGAUUGACUAUAAAGAGUUAGCUAGUAUUCUUGCACACGAGUGAAAAAAGAGCAAUACUAAUAAACAUGUGCUAACUAGCACAACUUAUUUCUUUGCAUUGUCAAAGGGGAAAAGACAUGAUCAAAAAGUACAAGAUGACGUAUUUAGAUUCCCUUGUCUUUUAAACUUGCUUGUUGACAGAAUCUCAUCCCUUUUCUGUACAUUUGUCAUAUGUAUAUAACUGAGAUACAACGCCUGUGAAUUUACCCUUCGUUUGGAAUGUAAAAAUAUCACAAAAAGUUGAACUAAACAUCCCAACAAGCGAAGUGGGAUGAUGAA